AUGGACCAGAGGAUGUCUCGACAGGUACAGCGUGCUCUGCAGGUUCUGCUCCACAGAAGGGUUCGCAGGGAGGAGGCCCGAGAGUAUAUUGACACAUUUGAGAGGACGGACCGUAGAAGCCAAGUGCUGCAUGAGGACUUGGGAUUGGGCGAGCACAUUAGCUUCGCCAGAGAUAGCCUGGUGGAGAGCUACUUCAUGGCGGUGGGGAAGAUGCAUGAGCCACAGUUCUCACAGUACAGGAUGCAAUUCACCAGGGUCUCCUACUUGAUGGCCACCGUUGAGGACAUCUUCGGCGAGCAUCUGUCUGUUCAGGAGCUCGAAUGCUUUGUGCAAGUUGUUGAGAGGUGGGAUCUUCAAGCGGCAGAGCAGCUGCCACAGUCAUUGAGGGUCUUCUAUGCGGCUGUCUACAACACAACCAACCAGAUCAGCUACACUGUUCUUAGGAGGCAUGGCCGUGAUAUAACUUCACACAUGAGGAAAGCAUGGGUGAGAGUGUGCAGAGAUUACUUGGUUUCAGCAAGGUGGCACCGUGCCCGACAGACACCAAGGCUAGAGGAAUAUUUGAGCAACAUCCGGGAAGCCAUGACCAGCCCUAUUCUCCACCCUGCCUACUUCUUCCUCUCCCAAAACAUUGAGGAACAAUCCAUCCAGCAGCUGCAGUCUGAGUCCAACAUCAUCAACUUGUCAUCGAUGAUAGUUCGUCUCUCGGCUGACCUCCAGAGAUCCAGG